AUAGUGUUCUGUGGUUUGCUCUUUCUGUGAAAUAGUUGUUUACUGUAUUGUAUUAAAAAGAAGUCACUAAUAUUUUAAUAAUGUUCGAAACCUUUUUAUUGCCAUUAACGCAAUUGACCAAAUAAAUAAAUGCUAAAAUGUCCACGGAGCACUUUGGUAUCGUCAAUAGUAUAGCACCAGUUUUCCGACCCUAUGUUCAAAAUGUUUACCAGGAAUUAAAACUGGGUCUCUGCAAAGGCAAAGUUGACAUAGAAAGAAUCCCCGGUUCUUCAGAUGGGAUUGAGAGUCAAUUUCGAAUAGUUCUACCUUAUUGUUCGAAAAAGCUGAAAUGGGAGGUUAUAUUCGACUCUUCGGCACCAUGGUUCGCUCCAGAUUUCAGAUUUGAUGACGACAGCUUCCUAAACAGCAUUGAUGAAGAUUUCUUGGAAUUGAAAUUGCCGAGCCUGUCCAAAUGGAAUGAGAAUGACCCUAGAGCUUUAAGCGAGGUUGUAUCUGAGUUGGUUAGUCUUUAUAAAAGCCAUCAGAUAAGGAAAUUAAAUGAAGAUGAAAGUUCUCGAGCUUCAUUUGAGUACAGUGCUCUGCUAGGAGAUGCUCUCACAUCAGAGCAGGAUAUUGAGGUCUGGGUUGGCAGCCAUGUGGUUGAAUUCUUGAUUAGACUUAAUGUGGACACCUCUAGGCUUCCUGAACUCUACUGUGAUGGAACGGAACUGAACCCAGGCAUUGACACUGCAAUGCUUUUGGUCAGGUAUCCCAACUCUACCAAUGCUGAAUUGAUUAUGUCCCCAUUGUUGAGUAAAACAUUAGGGAACAUCACAUUGCCACUGUAAGUAAAUAUUUACUUGUACA